UUUCUUCGCAAUCUUCAAGUUUUAUUUUUUACUCUUAUCGAGAAAUAAAGAUAAAGGUUUUGAAAUCUAACCAAAAGUGAAGAUGAAACUCAUAGUGAUACAAUUCUUCAUUAUCUCUCUUCUCCUCAUGUCUUCAUUUUUCGUACUUUCAAGCGCUGAUUCGUCAGCAUGCGGUGGAAAGUGCAAUGUGAGAUGCUCAAAGAAUGACAGACAACAUGAAGAGUGCAUCAAGGACUGCAAUAUAUGUUGCCAGAAGUGUAAAUGUGUUCCAUCAGGCACUUAUGGAAACAAAGAUGAAUGUCCUUGCUACCGUGAUAUGAAAAACUCCCAAGGUGGAUCCAAGUGUCCCUGAACAAAUAUGCUUUGAAAGUCCUCAUCGCAUGCCUAAUAAUAUCUACAUAUUUUUAUGUAUGGAAAAUUUAAUCUCAUCUAUGUUAUAUAUAUGAAAUAAAAACC